GCCGGCUUCUAGGUCAGUCCUGGGCACAACUUCCCAGGAAGAGCAGCGGCAGGUGCUGCAGGCAAGGGCCGCCAUGGCUGGAGGUGUGUGGGGCCGGGGCCGGGGCCGGGAGGCUCCCGUGGGGGCUCUAACCCUGACAGCACUGACUGAAGGAAUCCGGGCCAGGCAGGGGCAGCCCCAGGGACCCCCUUCCACAGGCCCUCAGCCCAACUCCUGGGAGGUCAAACCUGAGGCUGAGCCACAGACCGAGGCACUCACUGCCCCCUCUGAGGCCGAGCCUGGACGUGGGGCCACCGUCCCUGAAGCUGGCAGCGAGCCCUGCUCCCCCAACAGUGCCCUGGAACCAGCCCCUGAGGGGCCCCACCAGGUUCCCCAGAGUUCCUGGGAGGAGGGAGUUCUUGCCGAUCUCGCGUUGUACACAGCUGCCUGCCUGGAGGAGGCUGGCUUUGCAGGGACCCAGGCGACAGCGCUCACCCUGUCCUCAGCCCUGGAGGCCAGGGGGGAGCGGUUGGAGGACCAGGUGCAUGCUCUGGUGCGCGGGCUGCUGGCGCAGGUGCCCAGCCUAGCGGAAGGGAGGCCCUGGAGGGCGGCCCUGCGAGUGCUGAGCGCACUGGCCCUGGAGCAUGCGCGGGACGUGGUGUGUGCGCUGCUACCCCGCUCUCUGCCCCCCGAUCGGGCAGCAGCCGAGCUCUGGCGCAGCCUAAGCCGUAACCAGCGUGUAAAUGGGCAGGUGCUGGUGCAACUGCUGUGGGCGCUGAAGGGUGCUUCAGGGCCUGAGCCCCAGGCGCUGGCGGCCACACGUGCUCUUGGGGAGAUGCUGGCUGUUUCAGGCUGCGUGGGAGCCACGAGGGGCUUCUACCCACAUCUGCUGCUUGCACUGGUCACACAGCUGCACAAGCUGGCCCGCAGCCCGUGCUCCCCCGACAUGCCCAAGAUUUGGGUUCUGUCCCACCGAGGGCCACCGCACAGCCACGCCAGCUGCGCCCUGGAGGCCUUGAAGGCCCUGCUCAGCGGGGAUGGAGGCCGCAUGGUGGUUACAUGCAUGGAGCAGGCAGGAGGCUGGAGGAGGCUGGUGGGAGCCCACACCCACCUGGAGGGCGUCCUGCUGCUGGCCAGUGCUAUGGUAGCACAUGCCGACCACCACCUGCGAGGCCUCUUCGCAGACUUGCUUCCUCGGCUUCGCAGCGCGGACGACCCGCAGCGUCUCACGGCUAUGGCCUUCUUCACAGGGCUGUUGCAGAGCCGGCCCACCGCACGGCUCCUGCGGGAGGAGGUCAUCCUGGAGCGACUCCUCACCUGGCAGGGAGACCCGGAACCCACUGUGCGCUGGUUGGGCCUGCUGGGCCUGGGCCACCUCGCGCUGAAUCGCAGGAAGGUGCGGCACGUGAGCACGCUGCUGCCGGCGCUCCUGGGCGCACUGGGCGAAGGCGACGCGCGGCUCGUGGGUGCAGCGCUGGGCGCCCUGAGGAGGCUCCUGCUGCGGCCCCGGGCGCCUGUGCGGCUCCUGAGCGCGGAGCUGGGACCGCGCCUCCCUCCGCUACUGGACGACACACGGGACUCAAUCCGUGCCUCGGCCGUCGGGCUCCUCGGGACUCUGGUGCGCCGGGGCCGGGGCGGGCUCCGGCUGGGGCUCCGCGGCCCCCUGCGGAAGCUGGUGCUGCAGAGUCUCGUGCCGCUGCUGUUGCGCCUGCAUGACCCCAGCAGGGACGCUGCUGAGAGCUCAGAGUGGACCCUGGCCCGCUGCGACCAGGCCUUUUGCUGGGGCCUGCUGGAGGAGAUGGUCACCGUGGCCCACUAUGACAGUACAGAGGCCCUGAGCCACCUCUGCUGCCGCCUGGUUCAGCGAUACCCGGGCCACGUGCCCAACUUCCUGAGCCAGACCCAGGGCUACCUGCGGAGUCCACAGGACCCCCUGCGCCGGGCAGCCGCCGUGCUUAUAGGCUUCCUUGUCCACCAUGCCAGCCCCGGCCGUGUCAACCAGGACCUGCUGGACUCCCUGUUCCAGGACCUAGGGCGGCUGCAGAGCGACCCCGAGCCGGCCGUGGCCGCGGCAGCGCACGUGUCCGCCCAGCAGGUGGCGAUGCUGGCCCGCGCCCGGGGCCGCCCCCGCGGGCCCCGCCUCCUCCGCAUCGCCCCGCGCCCCGCCCGGCCCCCGCCAGUCUUCGCCGACAGCCCUUUCCAGCGCCGGAGGGUCGCGGACCGCUGGGGCUGCUCCGGACCCCGCCGAGCCUGAGGCUCGGGGCUGGGGCCCGCGGGCCAGGGUCCGACUCGGGCACCCCACGCGCGUAGCAGCCCGUCCCCGCCCUGAUGGAGGGGCUCCCUGGGCCCGGUGCUGGAUGCCAGUGCCUGCCCCAACCCCCCACCCCCGCGACCCCUCUUCAGGCACCCACCGCCCUGAUGGCGACGGAGAGGGACAGCCAGCAUCUAUCUGUCCCCAUCAGGGCUGUUGUUCUCACAGCUCCCUGGAGCAUGCCCCGUGCUCCAACCUUGGGCCUGGCUCCUGGCCCAGAUGGCACCUGGCCUCUUGAGUCUGGUGGGGGACCCCAAAGUUGGUGGUCCCAUAGGCUGCCCUCCUGGGUCUCCACCUCAUGCCUGGACAGGACGCUGUGGCCUGUCCGGGCCUUGGCCAGCCCUGCAGCUGCACCCCCGAUCCUCAUCUCUCACCCCAUUCCUUGCCAGCAUCCUGAGGCUCCUGGCGGGCAUCCUCCUUGCUCAAAAGUAUUGACCUGUCUCCUGGCCACACCUGCUGUGCCCUCUCAGCCAGGCCAUCAUCACCCCCCGUUCAUUAUGUCAGGCCUCAUGGGAGCCUGGCCUUCUCCAGAAGCUGACCCCGGCGUCCCCCCAAGCUGGCCCCCGUAGGCCCCGGAUCACACCUGGGGGUCCAGAUGUAGGGGUCCCGUGUGCACGCCCAAUCAGACCGAGCACUUGUGACACUACCCCAGCACCUCUCCCAGGGCUGAAUGAGGAACGCGCCACUGGGCACACAAAGAAGAGGCUGCUCUAGGAGCCGCCAAUGCUGUGACAUCACCGCUCUGGCUUUGGGCGGCAGGUUCCUGAGCCUGGGAUGCCUGCCUGGAAAUGUCCUUGCGUUCAAGGCCUCCUUCGCAGCCUCCUCCUCAGAGAAGCCUCCGCAAGUGCACAGGGAGUGUGCGCAGCCUUGUGAAGGGCUGGGACCACUUGCCCAGACCGGGGCCCCUCGGGCACAGGCGUGGGGUCCUACUGACCUGUCUCCCCAGCUCCACACGGAAAGCAUCUAAAAUACACACACAUGGAUGGAGAGCGUUGGGCAUCUGUUUCGAGUGUGGUUAUGGGAGCUGACCCUGGUCCAAGAUCUGGCUCAGGCUAGGGUAAUAGGCCGUAGUCUCUGAUAUGGCCCCAGGUAAAGAGCCAGUUUGGCAGCAGGGUUAAAGGUCAGGCAGGCUCCAGGCACAGGCUAUGACCAGGUCAGGUUGGGUUAACCCUAAGACAGAGAAGCUGCGCUCUGGUCUAACAGGCAUGGAAUGGAUGGGGUUAGAGUUGUCAGCACUGGGGUGAGUGUCUCUUUGCAGGUCAUAUGUAGGAAGCUGAGGAUCAGGUCAAGGGCAUGGGUCUUUGUGGAGCCAGGGGCAAGGUUUGGUGGAUUAGUUUGGAUCCUCCACAGCAGAUACCAAAACGGGAUUCAACAUACCAGAAACAGAUCAAGAGAAGGCCAGAGAGGCCAGAGGCCACCAGAUGCCCAGUGAAGGUCAGAUGGAAGCACCAUGGACGUCCGUGCUAGCCUUCAGGAAGCUCUCAAGCCAGCCAUCUGUCCGAGGUCCGCACCUCCCAGGACAGGCUAGGAGCACCCACGGGGGGUACAGCCUCGGCACUGGCGGGGACGGGUUUCAGGACACAGCCACAUGGAUCCUCUCAGUAGCAGCCCCAAAGAGGGAAGCAAGCCCGGCCUCCUUGCUCACCCUGCAACCAGGAGCCAGACCCCAGGGCAAGCAUGUGCUGCCCACCUAGCACAGGCUUGCCCACACCCCACAGCACGCUGGACAGUCUGGUGGGCAAACCCAACAGUGAAGCCAUGCUCACCCCGGAUAGGGGCUGAGGCGGGGAGCUGGCUGUGGUGGGCAGGCAGCACCCCUGCGCUCCCCCCCCUCCCUCAUGGUGCCUGGGAGAGUCCGUGCCAUCCUGUGGCAGGCCGUGUGCAGCACAGGCGGGCUUGCACCACACAGCUGCCUGUUAAGAGUGUGUCCAGCCCCGCCUUGCUCUGGCACUGCCCAGAACCUGGUUGCCCUGCCAGGAAGAGUGAGGUUCAUGCGAAGUCCACUUGGCCUCUGGAGUGUGACUCUUCCCUGCUGGAAUUCCUGGGAGGCUCCAGGUGGCACAGUGGGCUGGUUCCCCCCAUGGGGAUGCUGUGGUCCCAGGGUCCAUCAGAUCCACCUGCAGAGAGCCCAUCCCAGGGCAAAUCUUCCAACGGGGUCUAAGAUUGGAGGGCAAGAGGGCAGGUGCACCCUGACACUCAUUCCUUUUCCACCUCCAGCCAGUGGGCCGGGACAGUCUUGGCCUUGAUGCCCAAACAAUCUCUAAUGGGCCAUGUUGCCGGAGAGCUCAUGGGUGGUGCAGCUCUCAAGAUGGGGCUCAGGUGUGGCCUGUCGCAUGGCAUGGCCUUGCUGGUCUCAGGGCCCCGAGGCUGUGCCUUGUGUGCCUGCCUUUCCAAAUGCUUUCUAGGACCCGAGCUACUCCCACCCAACUCACCCUUUCAAGUCACCCAAAAGGGUUUUCAAAGGAGGACCAUGAGUGUGAGAGACGUUGAGUUUGUUCCUACACUGUGGGUGGGAGUGUCUAGGAGUUUCUGUAACUUGGAUCUGUGAUACUGGAGUUUGUUUUGUCUCUUGUUUCAAUGUUAAUGUCACUAUUCAUAGCAAUACCCCAUCUCUACAAAAAAUUAAAAAAUUAGCCAGGACUGGUGGUAUGCGCCUAUUGUCCAGCUACUCAGCAGGCUGAGGCGGGAGAAUUCCUUGAGCUCAGGAGAUCAAGGCUGCUGUGAACCAUGAGUGUCCCACUACACAGCCUGGGCAACAGAGCAGGACCCUG